AGGCUCGGGAAAGUAAAACCCAAGGUCGGUUGUUAAGCCCCAAAACGUCAUCGUACAGUCCCUUUGAACACAACCUUUUAUGUAGCCCUUUUACAUCUUCUCUUCAAAAAAAGAUUCAUAAAGGUUGGAUUUUUAUAGAUAUUUUUAGUGAAUAGACUAAAACCAAGAACAUACACAAUCUUUAUCCAACCAGAGAAUCUAAAAGGAAUCCAUGGCUACUGAACACUCUGAUGAUUUAGACCAACUCCUUGACAGUGCUUUGGAUGAUUUUCAGAGUCUCAAUCUCACUUCUGGUGCUCAAAGAAGUGAAGAUGGAGAAGAGAAGAAAGAUAGUUCUUCUAUGCCUGGUGGGGUUCAAGGUCUAGGGAUGACGUUGCCCGAUAGGAAUGCUAAGAAAAAGGGGAAGCAAAAGGCUUCUGGUGAGUCGAAAGACUCGCACGUAGCUGAAGCUCUUGAUAAGCUUAGAGAGCAGACAAGGGAGGCUGUUAAAGGAUUGGAAUCAGUGGCUGGGCCGAGACCUGGUGUAGAGACCAUGGGGAAUGAUGCAAUGAUGGAGGAGUGGGUGAAGCAAUUUGAAGAGCUUUCUGGGUCUCAGGACAUGGAGUCUAUAGUAGAGACCAUGAUGCAGCAGCUUUUGUCAAAGGAAAUUCUUCACGAACCCAUGAAAGAAAUUGAAGAAAGAUAUCCUAAAUGGCUGGAGGACAACAAAGUCAAGUUGAGCACUGAAGAGUAUGAACGUUACAAGAACCAGUAUGAACUUAUAAGAGAUCUGAACAAAGUUUAUGAGAGUGAACCUAGCAACUUCAACAAAAUUGUAGAGCUUAUGCAGAAAAUGCAAGAAUGUGGCCAACCGCCAAAUGAUAUUGUUCAUGAGCUUGCUCCAGACUUUGAUAUAUCAUCUCUUGGACAGCUAUCCCCAGAGAUGUUGGAGGGCCAACAGAACUGCUGUAUCAUGUAAAAGAUACCAUCUCUCAAUACCCUGCUGGCUCCUUAAUUUUCUUUUAUCACAAUUUGCAUAGAACCACAUUUGAUUUUGCCUGGAUUUUACUUGUAAUGUUAUUACUCAUCUCAUCUUUUAAUAUCUCUUUGCCAUAUUCCUUUUAUUUGGCUGUUCAUAUGCCCUGUUAGACCACAAAAUUGUUGUAUUUCUUAAAAUGGUGGAAUAAGAACCACACAUAUACUGC